UGUUAAUUGUCAAAGCCUCUGCUUACCUUGACAAAUUACCAGGUGAGAUUAGUACACCCAAAAUACAUACCUUUUGCAAGGUGAAUGUAUUUGAGGGGAAAUGCAAUCUCCUUAUUUCCCUGUUUCCCUGCAACUCAUUCUCUCUCACACAUGCCUAUCAAGACCCCCUUUAACUCUUUUGCCAUUGACCAUCACUAACAGGUAAUUUACAGUAGCCAAUUCACCCACCAGAAUGUCUUUUGAUAUGAGAAGAAACCGGAGCACUCGGAGGAAAACUACAUGGCCAAGGAGAGACCAUGCAAACUUUGCUCAGCCAGCACCCGAGGUCAGGAUCAAAACCAGGUCCCCGGAGUUGUACCAUCGCCUCUUUGUCAACUCGAGAUCAAUUCUGGUUCCUGCAGAGGCGAAGAAAAUUCUCCAUUGUUUAAUUUAGCAUGCGACUAGUAGUUAAAGUUGGAAGAUUCCCAGAUCAGGACCUGAGUGAAAUCUUUACUUCGCUAUUUGCUGUGUAGCAUCAUGAGGCCUGCCUUUGGUUGAGAACUUUCAAGACAACCCUAAAUAAAAAUAUCACAUCGGUUCUGUGGACCUAUUAAAGUUAUAUGCGUAGGAUAAAGGAUGAAGGCAGUUGUUUCUCCUUUGUCUUGCACUGCAGCUACUGCAGAUAAAUUGCCUGAACUUGCCAACCUAAGAAAACCAAGAUACCUUCUCUAAAGAAGUCUGUGACAUUACAUUCUGCAAAUAGAAAGCUACAAGUUCAACGAUCACUGUAUAUGGCAGAUGGGAUGCUGUAAUCGAACAUUUCUGAGAAUCUGUCGUACCACAUGUAAAUUUAAGGAUGAACUGAUCCUUAGCCAUUCCUGGCUGCAAUGCUCCAGUGGAGAAAUCCAGACACAGGCAAACUGUAAAAGACCUUCUCGCUGUCAAAUUAAACUUUACUCAGGGUAAAUUUCAUUCUACAAUGUCUUAAAUUCUUAAACAAAACACCCAAGGAUGUGAACAUUCUGAAACAGGUACACCCUUCAUAGAAACAAUUAAUAAUCAGAGCUUCUUUAAUGCUGUUGGCAUUGGACAUUCUGUUGGUGAAUAGAAUUUUUUUUAAUGUGCGUUGAAUUUAGCUUUUUAUGCUCAAAAAGCAUUAAAGCAGAAUUUACCUUCUGCUUUAAUGCUCUUUGCGUUGUGAAUCUUUGAAAAUAUCUACCCUAGAGUUGCUGAGGCUGACAGACUUUUGGACAAUAAGAGAAUCAAGGGAUAUGGGGUCAGGCAGGAAAGUAGGCUUGAGACACAGGAUCAACCUCAGGAGUCUAGAACUUGGGGUCAGCCUCAAAGUAAGAAGCAGGCUACUUAGGACUGAAAUAGGAGAUUUCUUCACACAAAGAGUGGCAAAGUUUUGAAAUACUUUUUCCUGUGGAUUGUGGAGGCCAAAGAUAAAACUAAUGCAUGGUGUACCAGUAAGAAAAUGGCAAGUACAAAAGGAUGGAUGGGUUAAAUUGGCAAUGUUAAAGAAACGACUGUAUUGGUAAGAAAUUAAAGUUACUUUCAGCCCAAGUGGACGCCCAGUCAUUGACUGCAUUCAAAUCAGAGAUCAACAGAUUUUUGGCUAUCACAGGGAUCAAGGAAUUUUGGGAUGGGGAGGAAAACGGUGUUUACAAAAUGUAAAUUAAAACAAAUCUGCAGAUGCCAGAAAUCUGAAAUAAAAACACUCAGCGGGUCAGGCAGCAGAUGUGGAGAGAAAAAGCUGACGUUUCAUGUCUAGGACUCUUCAUCCGAAACGUUAACUCUGUUUCUCCUUCACAGACACUGCCUGACCUGUGAGGCUCUCCAGCGUUUUCUGUUCGUAUAAAUAGUGUUCAGGUAGUGGAUCAGCCAUGAUCUUAUUGACUAGAGGAAGUAGUAUUAAAAAGCCGAAUGAACUCCUCCUGUUCCUAUUUCUUGUGUUACCUCGGUGCAAAAGACCUCAUCCGCCAUCUGGCCGCGGAUUCCUGUCAGGUUCCGUUUCCAUUCGAGACCACGCAGCUCUAUUUCGCCUGGAGUCCCACCCCGAUGGAAGACGCUGCCUGCCACCCCCACCAGAUGACUUCGUCACCCGCGGGAACGGUUUCGUGACGACGCUUGCGCAGAGUGCUCGAACAAGCUGGGGAUGGGAAUGCGUACGACACGGUGAGGCGAAGUGGAAAGAUUUUCCAGCUGGCGAAGAUUUGGACGAGAAUUUUGGCGGCUUUUUGACUAAACGUACCAUGAUGUCAUUCCUGAAGUGUACACGGUCUGCUGUGGGCAUCUUGCAGAUGCAAAGCAGAGUAUGGAUGGAAACCACUGCAGUCCUCCCACAAGCAUGCUCAGUGUGCAGCUCAGUACGAUGGAAGAACACUGCUGCUAACCAGGACAAAGGUGCAAAUUACCAGUUCCGUAAUGUACGAUGGAGGCACAUGGUUCUGGGCGUCGUGACUGGUACAGGUGCCAUCCUAGCUUAUGGCUUGUAUAGAAAACAGGAAGCAGAGCUGAAACCAGAAACAUCGCCUAACAAUAAGGCUCAAACAUCUUAUCCAAUUUAUACCAGGCAAGAUGUGGCCAAGCAUAAAACUAUGGAAAGUGGAAUAUGGGUCACCUACAAAUCUGAAGUGUAUGAUAUUACAAAUUUUGUGGAACUGCAUCCUGGGGGUGAUAAGAUUUUGCUUGCUGCUGGAGGUGCCCUUGAACCAUUUUGGUCAAUGUAUGCCGUCCAUAAGCAAGAACAUGUUUACGAGAUUCUUGAAGAGUACAAAAUUGGAGAAUUGAGCCCUGAAGAGGUGCAGGUGACUCUUGAUGUGGCUGAUCCUUAUGGGAAAGAGCCAUCGAGGCACCCAGUUUUGAAGGUGAAUAGUUUAAAGCCAUUUAAUGCAGAACCACCACUAGAGAUUCUAUCUGAAAAUUAUCUUACCCCAAAUGAAAUCUUCUUCAUACGAAACCACCUGCCUGUCCCAGAAGUUGAUCCAAAAAAGUUCAGUUUAAAGAUUGAGGGAGAGGGAAUGAAGUCUAUUCAAUUGACUCUCCAUGACAUUCAAACCAAGUUCCCAAAGCACACAAUAACUGCUACAUUGCAAUGUGCUGGCAAUCGGCGCUCUCAAAUGAAUGCAGUGCGUCAAGUGAAAGGACUAAAUUGGGGGUCGGCAGCAAUUGGGAAUGCAAAAUGGACUGGAGCUAAACUUUCUGAUGUCCUUAAAUAUGCAGGGCUCCCAGAGAACACGGAUGCUAAACAUGUCCAGUUUGAGGGUCUUGAUAAGGAUAUAACUGGGUCAUCCUAUGGGGCCUCUAUUCCUAUUCGUAAGGCACUUGCCAAAGAUGGUGAUGUGCUUCUUGCCUAUGAAAUGAAUGAUGAAGCUUUAUCCAGGGAUCAUGGCUUUCCACUACGUGUCAUUGUUCCAGGAGUGGUUGGAGCACGUAAUGUGAAAUGGUUGAGCAAGAUUGUAGUAAGUAAAGAAGAAAGCAAGAGCCAUUGGCAAGUGAAUGACUAUAAGGGAUUUUCUCCUUCUGUGAACUGGGACAAUGUUGAUUUCAGCUCUGCUCCGGCAAUCCAAGAAUUACCUAUCCAGUCUGUCAUCACAGUACCUUCCAAUGGUCAACAACUCAGCUCAGACAUGGAUGAGAUCACAGUGAAAGGCUACGCAUGGAGUGGAGGUGGCCGAGAAGUGAUCCGGGUGGAUGUCUCACUGGAUGGUGGAGAGACUUGGCAUGUGGCUGACUUAAGUGGGGUGAAGCUGAAUGAGGGGCAGGCUUGGGCCUGGAAACUAUGGCAACUCACUGUGCCUCUGCCAAAGGACCAGAAAAGCCUGGAGAUAAUUUGCAAGGCUGUGGAUAACCAGUACAAUGUGCAGCCAGAUACUGUUGCACCUAUCUGGAAUUUACGAGGGGUCCUCAAUAAUUCUUGGAAUCGAGUGAAAAUUACAAUCAAAUCAAAGUGAUUAGAAACUGUUUCUGAAUCCAUAACAUUGUGAGAAUUGUGCACAGUUGCAGCAGACCACUAAUUUAGUCCAGGUGUCAGCGUGGCUUACUUGGUAUUACGCUUGCCUCUAUUAAAGAUUAUGGGAUCACGUCCCAUUCCAGAGGCUGGUAUUAAGUUUAGAAUGACACUUCAGUGCAGUGUUGACUUCGUGCCAUUUGAACACAAGGAUAAACAAGGAUUCAAAUGCUCUCCUUGGGUGGGUGUAAAAGUCCUGUAGAACUCAUUGAAAAGGAACAGUAGGGUUAUCCCUUUUAUCAACAUUUAUCCCUCCAUCAGAAUCAAUUUUUUUAAAAAACUGAUGAUUAUCACAUUAUUGUUUUCUGGGAGCUUGAUUUGUACCGAUUGUCUGCCUCAUUCCUUGAAUUACAAUGAUGUAAUUCAAAAGAACUUCAUUGUUUAUGAAGUGCUAUGGGGUGUCCAAACAUUGUGAACGAUACUAUAUAAAUGCAAUGCCUCUGUGUGUCCGCCCUUUUAAAACAUGGCUCCUGCAUUAUCACAUAUCUCUUGCCACGAUAGCAUUAAUUACAUGUAUGGCCUACUUUUAAUUCAAGGCCCACUCUAUUUGUGUUUUUCAGAAUUUAACUAGCACAAAAUGUUUAAUGUUAUUUUUAUCUCUGUUUAAUUUGAAUUACUUCCAUUUGAAAGACCUUUUCCAAAAAUAAUCUGAAUUAAGAGUAAUGCUCAUGUGAAUAUAGGUACAAAAUAACACAAUAUGCAGUUCUCUUUCCUGCAUUUAUAUUGACUCUUCCUAUCUUUAAGAUUUGUAAAUGGAAGAAGCAAUUAAGUUACCAUAAUGAUAACACCAUUAGUCUACAUAAUUUUCAAAGCAUUAGGAUGGAUAAUGAACAUUAUUAUAUUUUACAGUGGUGACUCCACUUAAAGUGAUUUGGUAGGUGUGAAGUAGUUUGGAAUAUUCUUAAGCUGAUGAAAGAUGCUAUCAUAUUCUGUCUUCUAAUUUGUCACUUUUGUUCAUCUGUUGCUAUUUUCUGAAACUGAAUCCUUGGGCUUACUUAGCAACGUAAGCCUUUUCACCUAAUAUCAUUGGCCACCUCAGCCAUGGGUGAAUCAUCUUUCCCAAUGGAAUGUUAAUUCAUUGACAAUUCUAAAAUAUUUCUUUAAAUGUUUGCUUUUUUAAAACCUGCUGGCUAAACUUAUCUAAUUUCCCAGUCUAUUUUUGCCAAUUCAUAAAUGGCUUUAAGUUCAAUUUUUAGUUUCCAUUUGAAUUGUCCUUCUAGUAAUGAAUGCAAAGUUCACUCUGGGAUCAUUUUGUUAGAGGCCUGAAGAGCUGAUGGCUUGCAAGCUGACUUUAUCAAUCAAAAUAAAAUUUCCAAAAUGUCUAUCCUCCUUAGCUUGCUGUGAAGGUUAUUCUCCUGGAGGAAGUGAGAAAUGUGCAAUAAAACUAGCUCUAUUCAAGUUGUAGUGAGCCAAGUAAACAGUAUUGGGGGAUGGGGGAAAGAAAUGACCCAUGAAAAAAAUUUUGCACACAAGUAAGAUUGCACUAGGUAUAAGGCUACGCCGAAGAUGUGAACAAAUAUGUUGCAUGUAUUUUUGUUUUGGGUAGAUUCCACACAAGUAUUUCCUCUUUCUUGUGGUUUCUUAACUUCUCUUUAUUACUUUGGUUAUGGCAAUUCAGGUGCAUCGUUAAGAUGUCCCAGCAAAGCCCAGGUGGUACUCUGAAACUAUCCAAUAAAAGCUGCACCAGUGGCCUUAGUAUAACAUUGCUCAUCUAUUGGUUAAGCCCCCAAUUUCCAUCUGGCAAUUUCUUCCUGGUAACAGGACUGAAAUAAGCAUUCAGAGUUGUCUACAUCCCUCUGUUCGAUGGCAUCCAGCACUUCGUUGUUUCCCUCUUUUAUACUUCCUUUGGAUACCUUGUAAUGGAAAGAAUGAAAGCCUCAAAAUUGGGAGGGAGUAGAAACACUGAAAAUUGUUUAAAUUUUAAUGUCGAGAGGGGAGCUUAAGCACUGGUGGAGGGCAAAAUAAUUAUUUUUAACUGCAAUGAGAAUAAAGCUUGCAUUAAACCUUCCUCAGCAGAAACUGUUUAGUCAUUAAUGUUAAAAUUUAAGUGAUUAAUAUGUUCAUUCACUAUUUCAUUUUCUAUAAUGUGGACAUAGUACAUCAUUGUAAUGUCCUAGUCUCUUAAUGUAGCCAUGUUUACCUUUGGUUUUGAUCAGUUUGUUUGUAAGGAAAUGCUGGAAAAGCUACCAUUGUGCAGAGACUUAAAUCAGUAUUUCAGGUCUGCUCACUCAAAGUGGAAAUGUCUACAGAUUAAUAAAUUCCAUUAAUGCUUGAA